CAGACGCAGUCCAGCAGUUGUAAGAGUCUGACUUCUGUCCCAAGUUGUCCGAGCACAAGUUGAGAGGUCUUCUGGCCGGCACAGAGAAAGUGAAGUGUAGCUGAGCGUCGCCGCUGUGCGUGACUGAGGGUGUCCGGUUUCCCCCGUCCGAGGGAUUGAGAUGCCCUCUGACUUUAUCUCCCUUUUCAGCGGGGACCUCGACCUGACUUCUCCCAGAUCCUUAUUCACCAAAGAGUCGGUGUAUGACCUUCUUCCCAGAGACUUCCAGUUGCCUUCCUCCACUCACCACAAACAGAAAGUCAUGAGUCAAACAAGCGGCGGAGAGGCAGGGCCUCUCCCUUCAGCUUCUCUAGCAUCAGAUGCCAUGUCCUCCUCUCUGACCGUGGAAGGCCCCCGCAGUGCUUUUUCCACCUCUUCCAGCUCCACGGCGCAUUCCAGUGCUGUAGUCGGUGACCAGAACCCGGUUCACAGCAGCAAUGUGGACCCGGAGGACCCCAGGAGCAGCAGAGUGGUGCCAGAGGUCAUCGGAAUGGGAGGGGAGAGUGGGAAUGGCAGCAGCAGUGGUGGAAACAGCAGGGGCAGCAGCGAGCUGGGAGGCGGGCGAGGCGUCACCCCCCAGGAGCCCCAACCGCACCACCAGAUGACGCCGUCUAAGCGGCGCACCAUACUGAACAUCUCUCCGCCUCCGCAAGACCUGUUUGACGACAGUCGCAUGUCCUGCCAGGAUGAGGCGUCCGUGGACUCGGAGCAGAGUAACAGCAUCUGGAUGGACGACUCUCUGUCCAACUUCAGCCUCAUGAGCAGCGUCUCCUACAAUGACAACACAGAGGUGCCGCGAAAGUCCCGCAAGCGUACCCCUCGCCAAAGGCCGGGUCCUAAGACUGUGCGGGCCGCAGAGGCCAGCAUGGAUGUGUUUGACGCAGACAGUGCAAAAGGGCCGCACUUUGUGCUGUCCCAGCUGGGGCCUGACAGCAAAACUGGAGCAAAGGGAAGCUUGGAUGAUCCUCAAACAACAAAUCACAAAGGGGGAACUCUGUCGAUGCAAUUCCCACAAAAGAGUGAAGGAAAGGAGCUGAAGAUCUUAGUCCAGCCUGAGACUCAGCACAGAGCCCGUUACCUGACUGAGGGCAGCAGAGGAUCAGUGAAGGACCGCACUCAGCAGGGCUUCCCCACCGUUAAGCUGGAGGGUGUGAGCGAGCCAGCAGUGCUGCAGGUGUUUGUCGGCAAUGACGCGGGACGUGUGAAGCCUCAUGGAUUUUACCAAGCCUGCAGGGUAACUGGACGCAACACCACGGCCUGCAAGGAGGUUGACAUCGAUGGCACGACUGUCAUUGAGGUGCCCCUCGAUCCCAGCACCAACAUGACCCUCGCGGUGGACUGUGUCGGGAUAUUGAAGCUUCGUAAUGCUGACGUCGAGGCUCGUAUUGGCGUGGCGGGGUCAAAGAAGAAGAGCACCCGCGCUCGGCUGGUGUUUCGGGUCAAUAUCCCUCGUCCAGAUGGAUCAGUGCUCAUUCUACAAACUCCCUCGUCUUCGAUCCUGUGCACUCAGCCUGCUGGAGUUCCAGAAAUACUGAAGAAGUCCCUUCACAGCUGUUCAGUGAGGGGCGGAGAAGAACUCUUCAUCAUCGGCAAAAACUUUCUCAAAGAUACCAAAGUCAUGUUUCAGGAGAACGUUUCUGAUGAGAAAUCAUGGAAAGCAGAGGCUGAAAUCGACAUGGAGCUGUUUCACCAGAAUCAUUUAAUAGUGAAGGUACCGCCAUACCAGAACCAAGCCAUCACUUCCCCUGUGUGUGUGGGAAUCUACGUGGUGACAAACGCUGGGAGAUCUCAUGAUGUUCAGCCCUUCACCUACACUCCAGAGCCAGUCAAACCAGAUGUUUCUGUGAAGGAAGAGAUUCCCUCUCCAGUGAAGAAUUGUUCUUUCGAGGAGCAAAUUAAAGGUCGAGAUAGUGGAUUGAUGCCUUCAAUGUUGCCUCUAGUAAAGAGAGAGGAUGUUACUCCGAUGGAAGUGACAAGCAACCUCCAAUCCUCUGGAGUAUUUAAGUCUGGAGACCUUUGUCCGGCCCAGCAGACCUUGGAUAUGACAACGGGACAUCUAAAUAAAAGCAGAGCUUUUCCCAACAACCUGUCUCCGUCUGCGGGCAAUCCAGACAAAGGCCCAGCUCCAGUUUUCCCUAACGCUGAGCCUUUAAGCACCAUCCAGAAGCAGGAUAUUGCUGCUAGCAGCUCGUUUCCUGUGCAGGCGGACUCCCUCCUCCAGCAAGGUUCCCAGCAGUUCCUUCUUGAGUCCAGAGAUGGCAUCCGGCAGGAGAGGACAGGCAGCGGUUCUGGGGCUGUCAGGCUCUGCGGGGAACCUGCAACCCAACAGCAGCAGCUGCAACUGUUUCCUCCAGAUGAAGUCGCACAGCUCGAGGAAGCAGUGAGACAACUGAAAGCUGAAGCGUUCUGCAACCUGCCACUUCAGUCUGACAGCUCCAUCGCCAAACAGCAGCAGCAGCAACACAUUCAGCAUCAACAACAGAUCCAAAAACAGCAAAUCCAACAGCAGCAGCAGCAGCAAAUUCAACAACAACAAAUUCAACAGCAGCAGCAAAUUCAACAACAGCAGCAGCAAAUUCAACAGCAGCAGCAAAUUCAACAGCAGCAACAAAUUCAACAGCAACAACAGCAGCAAAUCCAGCAGCAGCAGGCUUUGGAGAAUUUGCAGCGGCAACUGUUCCAGUCCCAGAUUCAGAUGCAGUGUGGCAUGUUCCCAGAUGCUUCUCCAGGAAAAACUGCAGAGCAUCAGGGCUCGUCGCAGGGGGUUGUUCCAAACCAGAGUUCUCUUUUCCAGCAGCCCCAACAGCAACAACAACAACAACAACAGCAGCAGCAAGCAGCUCUUUUUCAACAGGCAAAUGACCUUUCCAUUCAGACCAACUUCCUCCAACAGACACCCUCCCACCCGUCACCACCCAUAUUCCGCAAUCCUGAACCGCAGGAUCCACAGGUGGCCCUGUUUCAGAAAGCCUCCCAGGAGCAGGUCCAAGCUGGUCUCUUUCAAACCACCAUGACAGUCCUGCAGUCUCCAGAGCAGCAGCCUUCAACUCCUGGACUGUUCCUCCCCCAGGCCCCCCUGUCCUGCCAGCUUUCAACAGGCACUGCUCAGCAGCAGCAGCAGCAGCAGCAACAGCAGCAGAUGGCCUACCUGAAUGCCCUGCAGUCCUCCUCUCCUGAGCCACAAGCAGUAUUUCAGGCCCAGGGCCAGAUCUCCCCCAUCCAGCAGCAGAGAAGCCCCAUGGAGCAGCAGCAGCAGCCUUCCCAGCCACAGCCUCACACACAGCCAGCUCAGCCCGCUGCCCUGUUUCAGACCAUCCCCUCACAUCCAUCGGCGAAUGCGCUCUCUCCAGGACAGCAGCAGCAACAGCAGGCUGGUCUGCUCUUUUGCAGCAGUGCCGUGCCCGCCUCAGACCAGGCCUCCAGCCUCCUGUUCAGCAGCCAGGGACAGAUGCCCCCUCCGACCAGCACCAGUCUGGUUUCUCAGGAGCCCCAAAACCCUUCGCUGCUUUUUUCCCAGCCCAGCAUGGUGAACGUUAACCAGCAGGAUCGCUCUGAGCCCAUGGCCUUGGGGAACCCCACCGAUCCGCGGCAGCAAGCCAUGUUUCAGGAGCAGCAGCCCAUGCAGCUGGGCAGCAGCGGCGGUGGCGGCAGCCGGCCGGAGCAGCCUGUCGGCCUCUUCAUGCCCCAGUCCAGCAUGGGCUCGCUGCAGGGGGGACUGUCGCCUCAGGAGCUGUCCCAGUCUGGCUUGUACGCACCACAAAACGGAGUGGCCAACCUCCAGACGACCACCUCCUCUCCGGUUCAACAGCCAGGGACUUUGUUUCAAACAGCUAUGAGUGGAAGGAUCAGUCAGCCCGGCCAGCCUCAGCAGCCAGGCCUGUUCAUCUUCAACAUGCAGAAUGAAUGUGGCCCGAUGAUGAACACGCCUGGAAACACUGUGUCAGACCAAAUCAUCGCCAUCAGCCAGUCUGGUCAGAACCAAAGAGAGAGCGAGGCACACAUCCAGUCGCUGCUCAGCCAGUCGCUGUCUCAGCCCCGGGCCGUUCAGAGCAGCAUGUCUGCCUCUCAGAACAUGGAGAAGAUUGAUGACCUGCUGGUCAGCCUGCAGGACACCGGCAGCAACUUAACUCGUUCAUACUGAGCUUCACACGAGACCAUGGUUUUUAUUUUGUAAAAGUAUAUUUUGAAACGGGACUGAAGGGUCCAGAUAUUUUCCUUUUUAAAUGAGACUCAUGGAUGAAUUAACCUGACAUCAUCUGGUUUUAGUGGCCAUCUCGUGUUCUUAUGCUCCAGGAAAAAAAUGAUUUGGUUCCUUUUAAAAGCCAUGCAUUUAACUGGAAAUAAUGUGAAGGAGAGUUACACGUUUGUUUUAAGUGCUACUGGCGAUGAUGAGUGUCUUUAUACCCACAAUUCUGGCGACAGAAUGAGCAACUUGAAUGAUGGAGACCAUAAAGACAAGUUGACCAAAUUGAUUCAUGCUCACACAGGCAAAGUAGGCAUUACUUAUCUUUCUUAGUCAGCUGAGAAAAAUAAACACAUCUCACAAAUUUAAUGACUGGCUUGCUGUCGUUAAACCAUGAACAAUGUGAGAAAAAUCAUAAUUAGAAAUGUAAAAGUCAGCACGUUUCUUCAGCUUUCUUUGUGGAAAGACCGUUUGUGAAGUUUUGAUAUAUGUGCAGAUCUUCAGUGAUUUUAGCAACACCGCCUUCCAGUGGUUGAGGUGUUUUCUAAAGUGUUCUCCAAAGUUGAGUGCUUUCCUUGAAUAGUGUUCUCUCUAAUCUAUGUAUAUAUAUUUUUUCUUUUUUCUUUCUUGUAUAUUUUGUUGCAUGGAGGCAGGAGUGAAUGGUAUGUUAGAGAGGUCUUCAAACGUUUGGCUGAAUUCGUGGUAGAUUUGGAAGGCAGCUGCACCUGAUGUGGUUUAUAGUUGUUUCCAUCUAGUAAUGCAGAAGUUGUUUUCAAGAAAGUUAGAAAUAGCAAGAAGAUUGGGAAGUCAGUGGUUAGAAAGUCUGUGGCGAUAAAUACGUAUGUCUGAGCUAAUCUGAUGUGUGGUCUGUGUGACUUUUACUUUCAUCGUUGUCGCUGUUUCUUCAAACCCCAUAACAUGCAGGUCUGUAAAAUGGUGAUUGAUCUGAGCUAAAAGCCAAAACACACAUUCGCUUUGUUCUAAAUUUGUUAAAGUCACGAGUUUUGAAAGUGUGGGGCAUUCCCUACCCUGAGAGGCAAUGCAGAGCUUCGGAGGAGGCUAAAAAUCUCAUUUAAAAAAUGAUAAGUAAAAACACAUUUUUUUAAAAAAAUGAAUUUGUUAUACAUUUAAUGGCCACAAAUUUGAAAUUAAAAUUUUGCCAUUAGCAAAAUCAUAUAAAUAUCCACAUUUAUUUAUUCAUCAUUUAACGGAUUGCCAUAAGAUACACGAUGUCUAGACUUUAGAUUUGUGGUCCAGAUUUUAUCAUUUACCUGCAUGUUAUUGUAUGCAUUGUCACAACCAAUGCUGCUCUUUAAAAAAAUAAAAUAAAAUUCCUUCAAGACUGGAGAGGUGAGGAAGAGUGUGGAUCUAGAGAAUGUCAUUUCAGCAAUGUAAUAUAAGUUCAGCCUUCUGGAGUGGAAAGAGUAGAGUGAACUAUACUGUAGCAUUGUCGUGUGUGUUGUGGGUCAGAAAAUGAUUUGCUUAAGUGUCAUUUUGUCAUCUUUUUUUAAAAUUUUUUUUCUGCGUCCGGCACGCAGGAACUGGAAUAAGUAUUCCCAAAGCAGCUUGAGAAGAGCCUUUUCUCCCAUUUUGUGAAUGUGAUGGAUUUGGUGAAUGUUGAGGACGGGGCUUCCUCGUACCAUGUUGUGGUAUUCAGAAGCGAGAUCAGAGCCCAUUUCACAUGUUUUCCUGUAAAUAGAAAUUGGGUCGGUGUCCUCAUCUGAGUGUUGACUCGAGAGUUUGACUCGACUCUUUGCUUUGCGUCGAUCCUGAUGACAGGCCAGUUGGCUCCUGAGCUUUUCUUUUCUUCUGACUUGCAAUGUAACUUUCGGAUCAGAGUAGGCGUGGAUGUAUUUGCCUCUUAAUUAUCUCGCUGAGUUUCUGGCAUGGUGUCCUGCUGUCACACAGUUUUUUUUUUUUUUUUUUUUUUUUGUGUCAGUGUGCUUCUGCAUGUCUCCAUCUUGUGUAAUUUCACUGUGUGUGUGUGUGUGUGUGUGUGUGUGUGUGUGUGUGCGCGUAUGUGUGUGUGUAUACGAACAAGGGGCUGGUCUCUGAUUAUGAUGGCAUUAGCUCCAUAUUAUGCCUGAUUGUUGUCUCUGUUUUGUGUUUGUUUUUUAUUUUUCCAUGUAUAGUUUAUCAACAUGUUAACACCGUUACAUUUUAUAUACUCUGUAGUUGGAGCGAACUGUUGUUGUUUUUUUUUUGUUUGAUGGAGAUGGUGCAAACUUUUGUUAAUGUGACUUGAGGAUCUGUGGUGUGUGUGUUGGAGCAGUCAGAGUAGUUUUUAAAGGGACCCUACUCCUGAAGGAAUCCUGACUUUGGAGAAAAGAGCUGUCUGAGAUUGACUUUCUUCAACUUGUGAAAUAGAAAAGAAGAACUACGAUUUCCAGUGUUGCAUAUUUAUAAUUUUAUUCGCUUGUAGAAAGUCUUUUUUUCCCCACAGUUCAAUUCCUGAGCUUCUUUUGAGAGAAGCAUAUCUAAUUUAUUUGUGUGUUUCUUGUUAUCAGAAUUGCGUGACGGAAUCAUACUUGUGUUUUUCACUUUAACUCAUGAUAGCAAUGUGAUUUGGCCCCCAGACCUUCUGAUUCUUUAACAAGCGCCUCGCGGUGUUGGCGGCGAUGCUUUUAAAUCGGACGUGCUUUGUACACGAAUGAAUAACACGCACAUUCCUCUGUACAGUAUCUCCUGUGAUUUUCACAGGUUGUUUGAAAGCAGCGGCCCUGUCAUCCAUUUGACCGAAUGGUAAAACAGCAGGGGGGAAAAAAAAUGGCAGCAAACAGUUGGACCAACUUAUCUGCAGUAUUUUUUUACAAUGGAAAAUAGUACUGAAUGUGGUUUUACAUUAUGACUUUAAGUGUGUCACUUAGAUCCACAAUGUUGUGAGAUUCACGUCCUGGGGAGGUAAUUACUUUUUUGAAAUUACAGUCUUCUCAUUUGUGCAUUCACAAUGUCGCUGGAGAUAAGAGCGUUUAUGUGUGACUCUUAAACUUUAUACCAACUGUUCCAGAAAAGAGUAAGAUUAUUGACAGGAGUUCUCUCGUUUUUCUUAAGCCGCUACAGAUUAUUUCUUUGUUCCUAGCAAUAGAACAACAUGCAGUUUUCUUUGAGCAUUUCCAGUUAUUUUAUGAGUCACAUGUAUUGAGAGAGAUACAUUUCUUAGGAAAGGUUUCUUCAUAUACUUGCAGAAGUUGUACACGUGCCUUGAGUAGAUGUUGUAGCAGCGAGAUUUGUGCUUUUUCCAUCAAUUAACAUCCCACUGGUCUUGCCAGCCAAGGCUAGUCCUCAUUAUCUAGAAUGUUUAAAGCCAUAACACUAUAAAGUGUGCUUCAUUAGUUUGACAACAGUGAGCAGACCGAUGUGGCUGUGGUGGAUUCAUGUAAUGUGCAAUUUCUGUCUUGCAUCUACAAUGUUGUAACUCGUUUGUACUGAAGUAUCCAUUGCAUUUAUGUUAUUCAACGUAGAUGCAGACAAAUUUUUCUCUGAAACUGCUAUGCAGCUAAUAUAUCUUAAAUGUAGAUCUAUUAGUUUUUAAAUAUAUAUAUUUUUCUAUAUAACCUCUUUGGUUUUCCACGUAAUGGAAAAGCCGGAAUAGAUGUUCUUUCUAUUUAUGUUGCCUUUUGAAUAUUUCCCAAUAGCUUUGAGUGUCGUCUGAUUUUAAUUCCUGAAGUCAAAACGCAAACUUCUCCUCUCAACAACAACAUACGGUGUGUUUUUGUAUUUUAGACACAUGUGAAUGUAUUGUUUUGUGAAUUUAAGAGAAGGUUUUGCCCUGACUUACUGUUUACUAGCACAAUGAUUUCUGAUCUUGCUGAUUUUUCUCAGAGCCUGUGCGUUACACGGUUGCCGUGUGAUUCGUCAAACAGACCAACAAAAAUCAGUCCAAUUAAACCUGUUAUGUUCUGUAUUUUAUCGGUUAUAAAUCCUAUAAAACUCCAGAAUUUCUCUCUGCGCAUUUGUUUGAAAACGUUUUAUUUUACAUAAAUCACUGUUCUGGUAAGUAGUCAAAGGGAGGAACUUUUUUUUUUGUUUCUAACCAAGUAAACAACUGUCAAAUGAUUUGAACCUCUGAUAAAAGGGGUUUGAUAUAUUUGACUUUUGUUGGGACAUUUUUCUUCUCUUGCAAUCUGAUUCCUGUAAAGUUGCUGCUCUCUGUAUUAAACUUGUAUCCUUUGA